AUGUCGCAUUCGCAGCGACGUGGGGCACCUGUCGAGUGUCCACUAGCAUCGCUAGGCCGGAACACGCCCUCGAUGGAUGCAAUCCAGUACCAUCAUCCGUUGAGUUCCAGUCCUCUAGAUCCGCAAGCGUAUCAAAUGUCUCGGAAAACGCCAAUUUUGGGAAUCGAUCCGGACAUCUAUAAUGCAGAAGCAAACCUUGGAAACAAUCAUUCCAAUACUAAUGGGUGCAAAAGUGAUGCUACUCAAGAAAAUGGAAACUUACUUUCCAUUAGUUCUUCGUCAUCACUUGAUCAAAGCGCUUCGUUCCUUCACCAACCGUCUCCGCCAACUUUAAAUCGACGAGGGGAUUAUCGGCCUUUACGACCGCGAACAUACACCCCUAUCGACGCUCUGUUAACGACCACAUAUCAGCAACACCAACGGCUAUCACCUGUUUUGAUUGACAUGCAACGAAACCACAUGAAUUAUCAAUCUGAAGCGCAACCUCUUGCAUCCCUCUCGGAAGCAGACCGCUACUUCUUAGAAGAGAAAAUGGACUCCCUCUAUAUUCAAGGUGCCAUCCGGCGGAACGCAAAUACGCCAUCCAGUCUAACACGUAAUCAGUCCAGCAGCAGUAACAACACUGAGCGUUACUAUCUAGAAAACGAGAACAUCGAUGCGAUUUAUAACUUCUGUCACAAUACGGCAGGAGUAGUAGCCCUUAAUGCCCAUAAUUCCUCCUUGAAAGCACCAUCCAGUCAUAAUGAUUGUUUAGAUUCUAGUUCACCCAACUUGUUACGGCGAGCAUCCAGUCCGGAAACCAGUGGAUCAGACCGGUACUUAAUCGAGAGAAUUCGAGGAUCACCUGGCUAUCACGGGAGGAGCGAGUGUCUCUCGCAACAGAUGAAAGUGUCUACCACAGAUUUCGUGGACGGAAGGAUGCAUAGCUCUAAGUCACAACAUUUCAACGAGGGACUAAAGCGAUAUGGGCGCUUUUCGCCUAGUUUAGAUCAAGGUUAUCACACGUUAGUAUCUCCGUCUCCGUCUGGUCAUCAACAAUCGUCCAUACCGGCCUCCUGGAACACGAUAGCUCCUAGUGGUAAUUCGUUAACAUCUAACGGUACGGGUUGCCUGAACAGUGCUCAUCUUAACAACAAUAUCGUAAGCAGCGAUGUACUCAACGGCGAUAGUAGUGCUUUAUUUCGUUCCGGACCACUGUUCGACAGGUUUUCCGAUGAAUUAAUGACUAAAGUCUUCGAAUGGUUAGACAGCAGUGAUCUGUGCAAUAUAGCUCGAGUUUGCAAACGAUUUGAGACAGUCAUUUGGAAUCAAACUCUUUGGAAAGUUAUUAAGAUUAAAGGGGAGAACAACAGUGGAGAUAGAGCCAUUAAGACUAUUCUAAGGAGGCUCUGCGGCCAAACUCGUAACGGAACAUGUCCAGGGGUGGAGCGAGUGCUAUUAAGUGACGGCUGUAGAUUAACGGACAAAGGACUUCAACUUUUGUCACGGAGGUGUCCUGAAAUUACACACUUGCAAAUUCAAAAUAGUGUGGCAAUUACAAACCAAGCCUUGUUUCAUCUAGUUACAAAAUGUACGAAUCUACAGCAUUUGGAUAUUACCGGAUGUGCGCAAAUCACUUGCAUCAAUGUCAAUCCUGGACUGGAGUCGCCACGACGUUUACUACUACAGUAUCUAGACCUAACGGACUGUGCAUCAAUAUCGGAUUCUGGACUUAAAAUAAUUGCUAGAAACUGUCCACUGCUGGUGUAUCUUUACUUGAGACGAUGUAUUCAAGUAACUGAUGCUGGUCUCAAGUUUAUCCCCAACUUCUGCAUAGCUUUGCGAGAACUUAGUGUUUCUGACUGUACCAGCAUUACAGAUUUUGGACUCUAUGAACUAGCGAAGCUUGGUGCUACGUUACGAUAUCUUUCGGUGGCUAAAUGUGAUCAGGUUUCUGACGCUGGUCUGAAAGUGAUUGCACGACGGUGCUACAAAAUGCGAUAUCUAAAUGCACGCGGUUGCGAAGCCGUCAGUGACGAUUCAAUCAACGUUUUGGCUAGAUCUUGUCCGCGACUGCGGGCACUUGAUAUCGGUAAGUGCGACGUUAGCGAUGCCGGUCUCCGAGCACUAGCAGAAAGCUGUCCAAAUCUGAAAAAACUCAGUUUACGCAAUUGUGAUAUGAUAACUGAUCGAGGAAUUCAAUGCAUUGCCUAUUACUGCCGGGGGUUGCAGCAACUAAAUAUUCAAGAUUGCCAAAUUUCGAUCGAAGGCUAUCGAGCCGUGAAAAAAUACUGUAAAAGAUGCGUAAUUGAGCAUACGAAUCCUGGAUUUUGCUAG